GAUCUGCAAUCAAGCUUCUAAUGAAAGAUCCUCUACCUCGGUCUCUGCUCGCCACGCCAAUAGUUUUACACAUCACUUAGGUUCUCUGCACACUUUUUGGUCACUCUAGUUUUCAACAUCUAUUGGUACUAUUAAUCUUUCUUUGGGGGUUAGUUAAAGUUAAAAUUACAUGUAACCCUUUGUGGAUGCUUCCUUUUGUAUUUCUUGUGAAAAUGUGUUGAGUCUUCUGUGAUCAUGAUUUGAUUUUCCACUGACGCUUUCCUUUAUCGUACAUACGUACCCAUGACAUGAAUAUUCUUCCUCUGCCAGAAUGAAUUGUAGCCAGACUUGUGGACCAAGUCAACGUCAACGUUAAUUGAAAACGGCCAUUAGCUGCAUAUCAACUACAUUAUUACACAAACUGUGACCUCCCCAUCUUCUUCUUUGGUGAGAAAUAAGAGAGAAACGCAAAAGGAGAUGAAGAUUCAGGAGAAUCUCGAGUUCGUUGAUGUACUCAAACGAGCAAGGAAGCUAGUCUGUGGUAACAUAAACCUCCUUCUCUUCCUCUUCAUUUGCACUCUCCCUCUCUUUUGUUUCUUGAUCUUCUUGGAGCUCUCUCUCCAAACCACCGUCUUAGUCGCUUCUGAAUACUUCUCUCGAGAAGUCAAGUUUUGGGGUUACUACUACACCGCUCCUCGAGAUCAUGCCUUGUUGAAGAACCUGAUUUCGCUGCUUCUCCCGACAUUUCUCUUAUACUUGUUCCCAUACAGCCUCUUAGACCUCCUCACCACCACAACCAUAGUCUCCGCAUCUUCACUAGUCUACACAAGCGAAGAGGAACCUCUAGGACUACGACAGUUGGUUCGGAGAACCGUGGAGAUAUGUCAGAACAGAAUAGAAGGUUGUCUGAUCACUUCUCUCUAUAUCCUCCUCAUGUCAACCUCUGUUUUCUUCCGUUUCUUCUUCGCAGCAACGAACUAUUUGUACAUAGUUUCUCUCAUCAGAGUUGGUGAUUACUCGUACUACUAUUACAUUAGUAUGGGAGAUGGUGGCAGUUAUACCACACGCAGCAGCUUCGAAGAUCUAAGUCCAAGUAGGAUCUUGUUCGACUCGGUGAUGGCUCUCUUUCACGGUGCUAUCUUCAUAGUUUUGCUUGCCAAGUUCAGCAACAUGGGUUUGGUUGUUUCCAUGUUAGAAGAAUAAGAAGAUGGUCAAGGCAUCUAUGGAGCAGAUGCUUUAAGUUUGUCUUCUUACUAUGGAAGAGGACACGAGAAGAGUGGUCUCUGGGUGAUGCUUGUGUUCUUGUUAUUCGCUCUUGCGACGAGGAUACGGUAUUUAUGCCUCAAAUGCAGUGAGAGUUCGAGUAGUAAUGGAAAUGGAGUCUUGUACACAAGUUUCUACGUGGGUUUGAUUUGUGUUGGGAAUAUAAUCAAGUGGGUGGCUACUGCUAGUGUCGUGUUAUACUGUGAUUGUAAAACGAAGGUUUUGGAAAAGAAGUGUGAUGUGGAGACUGGAUCACUAAGGCUUUUGCUAAGUAAGAGAAAUAGCUUCUCAUCACCAAUCAUCUACAUACUUUUGGUCUGAUCGUAUUUGCUUUCCUUGUAGUAAAGUUUGGCAUCUUUGUCACACAUUUACUUUAUCCAACAAUAAGAGGGCUAUUUACAUUUGAGUUUAAGCCCUUAAAGUCAUUACCUUUUAAUGUAUUGUUCUUUGACCUA